AUUCGUUUCGUAGAUAAUAACGAAGCUUGGCAGCGGGACGUGAAGACCGCCGAAGUAUACAUAAUAUGAAGCUUUGAUAGGUCGUAUUUAAAUAAAGAGAGAACAGCAUUGCUCGUUAUAUUACGUAUUCGAAGUUGACCGAAAUAUGAUGACCGAAAACAACGAAGAGACGAAUCUUCCCGAAAACGAACUCGAAUACGAGUUUUCAACACCGGAUAAGCAAGAGGCGCGGGCUUUUCUGCGCGAACGAUUCCUGCGUGUUAUGACUGGAGUUAUUGGUAAACACGCGACAUUCCACAUGUACGAAAAUACAAAAGUCGACGCAGAAUUUCGCGGAUGCGAUGUCGAUUGCUUGGAGAUAUUUGCCAGGAACCUGGAAACUCCUUUGGGCAAAGUGCCUGAAGCUAUUUUGAGAGCAACAGACGUCAUUUGCAUUGAAAUUAAUGGAAUAACAACUCAAUCAUGAACAAUAUUCUCAAAUAAAUGCUGGAAACAAAAAAAGACCAAAUAUGAGUUCUACUUAUAGGAAAAAAUAACUUAGUUACUAAGAAAGCUUGAAUGUAUAAAUAAACAAUUGCACAUUAGAAAUGUCGCAUCACUGCAAUUAUAUGCACCUGAUAGAUUAUCCACCUUUAAUGAUAAUCAUGAUACAGUAUCUCCUUUACAUUUGACGUUCAUCAACAUGAUUUUUUGAACUUCAGAAUCAUUAUUGAUAUAAGUAAAAAACAGUAAAAAUUCUCAGGGGUGAGAUUUCAUUCCAACAAUUUUUCGACACGGAACGUCAUUUAUACUAAUAUUCAUGACUAGACGUUUUUCACACUCACUAUCAUAAUAAAAAAAAAAAACGUAAGAAAAUUCAUUACUUUCCUCACAUGCCUAAUGAUAAGAUUCAGAUUACAAUUAAAGGUAUUUAAUUUGUAGCAUAAUUCGAUUAUUUUUAUGAUAAUAUUAAAAUAACCAAUGAAUAGUAAAAAUAUCAGUUUCUCGACGUUCAAAGACCGAUUUUUAGAAAAAUGGCUGGUCAACAUCUCAGAUCGAUUCACACUCGUAUUUUUGACUACUUAAAUUGAUUAAAACAAAAGAAUAUUCCCGAAAAAUCAGAGAUAUUAAAGGUGUUACCCUAUUUAUUUCUUUAUUGCCAAAAUUGGAAGUUCUUGCAUGAAUCCUAGUUUUGGCUACAAAUUCAAUAAAUAAAAAAUCAAAGUUUGACCACGAAGCGACUAUUGAAAUUAUAUAAACUGUUGUGGGUUUACAUUCCAGUAAUAAUUGAGCAAGUAUGAAAGUUGAAUUAACGAAAUACAGAAACAUCAAAAAAAAAUCACUUUAGUGGGGUUUACUUCCCGUAAAUAGUUUAUUUGUUUAUGGUAAUUUCAUUUUUUAUGACCCUCACCCUCCUAUGCACUCACGAGCCCACACAUCAUUUUCUGACUGCCAAAUGGACUCCGCAGAGGAGCUCGCUGCAUGGAUGGGAAGUCAGAAGUAAAUAUAGCAAUUGUAAUAGUAAGUUACUUAAUUUUAUAUUAUGUAAUUUAAUUAUUAUUAUUUUCACUUUCAAGAUAUUCAACUAGGAUGAGGUAGUUUUUAAUAUAUUUUUUAAGCGUCUUUGUAAUGUGAUAUAAUUUUAUGAUACCAUUAACCUCUGAUAAUCACAUAAUGUUCACUCAACUGUGUAAUUAUUUAAUAGUCAACAAUAGAAACAACCUGUAUUCCUAUUAUUGUAUUGCCUUAUUGAAAUUUGAAAAAAAAAUACACUCAUGACAUAACAUGACUGAAUUCACUAUAAAUUAAUUAAUUCAAACUCGUAACUUGACGUUCGACAUUUUCUACCAAAAAAGUCUUCACUCUCACUAUCAGUUUGUCGAACAUUUAAACCCUUCUAACGGAUCAGGAACAUAAUAGAGUUGCGAGAAUCCUUCGAACAUUUUGAUAAAAUUACGAUGAAAUUCAUUGGUCUCCGUACUCUCUGCGGU